AUGCAUCUUGCCUCUUAUGUUUCAUACCCAAUUUCAUUCCUCACUUUUCUCUGCACACAAUCAGCCAUCGUCAAAGGCUCUCAAAGCAAAUCUCCUCCGUCGUUUUGUUUUUCAGAUUCAUCAGCUUCAGUUGGAUUAGCAGUUAGUUGUCUAGGUUCUGGGAAUCUACCUCAAUGUGUUAGCCUUGGAAUUGUUAGGGGAGACCCUUUGAGACGUGUUCUCUGCAUAAUCACUCCUGUUCCACAACAUCUUUUGGAGGAUGUUGAUCUUCUACUACAAGGCUUCAUUCAGAUUCCUACUUGCUUGUUGCACGUACAAGUUUUUUGA